AUGGAAGAAUCGUACUCUAUGCUUGAGGAUGCAAGAAAUAUGGAACCAAUCAUGUUCACCACUCAAGAAAGCACCCCAAGAAAUUGGAAUGAAGAACCAAUAAUACCCGAUCAACACCUUGUGACUCCAAUUGGAAGUACUUCUCAAGGGUCAAUGAACAAUUCAACCUGUAGUUCAUCCCACCAAUAUGAUGUGUUAUCCCUGUUAGAGGGAAUAGUUAACGAAAAACACAUAGAAGAAACCCUAAUCCAAUCCAAGCUAUUGUCGUGCAACUUUGCGUCCAUUGCAGCAACAGCAACAGCAACAGCAACCAGGAUUUUCAAUGAGAGGGAACGAAAUGAUUGUGGAGAGAAUGAUCGCAGACAGCAUGACGCGUAUCGUGAUUUGGUUGCAAAAACAAUUGGUAGCAAGAGCUCUGUGUAUCGAGGAGUAAUCAAGUGCAACGAUGAGCGUUUCGAAGCAUUUGUGUGGGAUAACACAGAUCCAGGGGAAAGAGGAAGAACAGGUGCUUAUUCAACUGAAGUUGACGCCGCCAAAGCUCAUGAUUUAGUGGCAAUCAGAAUAGGGGGCUUAAAAGCAUUGACGAAUUUUCAUAUGAGAUGCUAUUCGACGGACAUGGAUGAAAUGCGCAGAAUGAACAAAUGGGACUAUAUUUGUGCUGUUAGAAGGUUGGGCAAGGGCUAUACAGACGGUGGUGAUUCCCCUUUCCGUGGCGUCUACAGAAACAGGGUUCCGACAAGCAGGAAAUGGGAAGCGAGGCUCGGUCGUGAGGGGUCACCAACCAUACACUUGGGAACUUAUUACACUGCAGAGGAUGCAGCGAGAGCUUAUGAUAUUAUAUCAAUAAAACUGAAGGGAGGGGAUGCAAUUACCAACUUUGACUCGAAAUCCUAUGAAACUGAGGGCAUAAUGGAGAGUGUGAUUACUCAAGCAACCGAUGGAUCGAUUAUUCUGCAGAAAGAAAAAAGCAAUAAAGAAACCGAAGCAUCUCCUCAAACCAGCUCCGUAGUCCAACACCAUCCUCAACCACCGAGUGUCCCAUCCAUUUGUCGUUGCUGCCACAAUCAAAUUCCACCAAGCAGCCCUUAUGCUCUUGGUGGAAUUACAGGUGGAGCUGCAAACAGUGGAAGUGAAAAUUCAAUUGGUAACGAUGCUGCACAGAUUGCACAGUUUCCCAAUGAGAGUGCAACACUGCAACAGCCACUUCAGACGCCGAGGCAAGUGAGUUUUAACAAUUGCUUUGAUCAGAAUUUUGUCAUCAACAACAACCAGUUUCCAAAUCAUAAUGCAACACAGCAACUGUCACUUCUGACUCCGAGGCAGGUGAGUUUUAGCAGUAGCUUUAAUCAGAACCUUGUCAACAACUACAACAACAAUAACCAGUUUCUGCCUCAGAGUUCUAACCUUGCAUUGCCUGCUCCUGGCACCCAAAAUCUAGACUUAGAAAGGUGUGUCCGUUUCCCUGAUUGGCGAUCAGGUUUUGGAAAGAAGUUACUAGGGGGUGGCUUGGAAUUGGAACCUUUGAGCAAUAUUGCUGCCCUCAAUGUGCAACCUCUACCACAAGUCUCGCUGAAUGAAAGUACAGGAGCAACACAGCUACACUCACCUGCAUUGCACCAAAGUUAUGAGCAUCAGAACUUGAACUCCUGCUUCUCUGAUAGUUUUCAGAACCCUAUUUCUGAACCAAACAACAACGGCUUCCAAAGUCAAGCCACUGGAAGUCAAAUCGAUUUGGACGUGAGAGAUUAUCUCAACAGAUCUUACAUAGAAGACACCGACUUCCAAUGUGAUUAUGACCUGUUUUCAGCACUGAAUGGGGGUAGAUAA